AUGCUGGAUGCUGAGCCUGCAAUCUCUGGCGGUGAAGCUAAGCUACAACCUGGCCAGUCUGCCCCGCCAUCAGGACAGAUCCUGACGGGCAAGCAAGAACACUACCUGAAGCGCGAACUCAUCGCCCGCCAAGUUCGCGGUGAAAUUAGCGAACUCAGCUCUCCCACAGCCCUACAGCGAUUCGGCGCACCCUUUCGAUCGGAGUUUGGAGAAGUCGCUCCCGUUGAUUCGGAGCUUCCGAUCCUGCGCUAUAUCUUCGUGCAUCAUGUCCGCAACUUCCCCUUCCUGGACCAGGCCAAGGAGAAGGAGUUCUGGCAGGAUAAACUGCAGGUGUUCCUCGAAUCCUUCGCCAACAAGCAUGUCUCGUCAUCCGAAGACCGUUUGGAGGAGACAAAGCGGAAAAAGUUGGCUCGCAAGUGCGAAAAGCUGGUGGAGUUGAUGAUGGUCUCUGGCGUGCCAACUGCGUCCGGUUAUGAGGAGCGCCUGCAGUUCUCAGAGAUGGAGAUCGUGGAGCGGGGAGCCAACGAUAAAGGGCUUCUCGUCAAUAUGCCUGAAGGCAAUGCAAUCAACGACUGGGAUGUCAAUGUUGCUGCGGUUCGGGUUACUUCGGUCAAGCGGACUGUUCGAUACCACCCCCAUGCGGAAUUCUUGAUUCGCGUCCACAGGGCCCCGCGAGACAGUUACUAUGUCGGCAGGAGAUACGGCGAUUUCGUCAAGCUACAUAAACGACUGCGCACUGAGUUCCCGGGCAAGCACCUGCCUGCUCUGCCUCGCAAGAACAAGUCGUCGACGACAUCAAGCUGGUUUAGUUCCGCAGAUGACGACAAAUCAUCAGUUUCUUCCGUUUCCACCCAAGGUGCACCUACCGAAAGCUCAAUCUCGGGCUCGACACUAGUCCCGGAGUCCAAUUUGCGGAGGUCGGCAUCGAAGAACUCGAUGCGGUCAGCUCAUUCGAAGUCUCCCAGUCGCUCUCCUGAGGUAUCCCGAGAGACAGUUCUCUAUCGGGAAGAACAACGAGUGUCGCUAAGGGCGUUCCUGCGGACUCUUCUCCAGAAUAAACGCAUUGCCGAAUCUAAGGCUAUAGAAGACUUUUUGACUGCAAAUCCUAUUGAGCUAAAUGAAGAGGAGCAGCUUGAUGUGGAGCGUCGGAAAGGAAUGGAUGCUAUCCGGAUUGAAGAACAGAAGCGGUUCUAUGAAAUCGCCAGGCAACGUGCAGCUGAGUUGGAUGUUUACAUGGAGAAAUUCCGACGAGAGAUUACCUAUACUGAUUCUUUUGCAGAUGGAUUGACAAAGCUAUUUGCUGAGAUUCGAGUGAAGAACACUAUUCAGGAAUUGAGCCCGCAAUAUCAAAAAUUUGCAGAAUGGCUGCGUAUCGAGUAUGCUACGCCAAAACCCCAAACUUGUUUCGAUAUACUGACACUACCCAGGGUUGCUGCAACAAUCUAUCACCUAUUCCUGGCCGAAGAUAACUCCCCUGAGCUUUUCGCGCAAGCAAAGCGUAUCCACAGUCUUGUCCCAUAUACGCUGAUGAAAAAUGUCAUCCGUAUUGCCAACCCUGCCGCUGUCAUGGCAGGUGUUCUGGACCUCUUCCUCGCCCAACCAUUCGGUUCCCGAUCCCUGCUUCAACGCAUGUUCUCAUUGACGCUCAAUGAUAGUAUCAAGGAUUUCCAAAAGAACAUCGAUGCCUUGUCGUCAAAGAUCAACGACCCUAUCCUCACUGAGAAGCUCAAGAGCUUUGUCGACGCGGAUGAAACGGUCAAGAAUGAGAUCAGAGAGGAGUCCGCAGCGGAAGAGACCGACUUGAUUGUCACCAUUCUUCGGUCCGAGCUUAUCGCGCCCGAGAUCAGUGCCGAGCAGAUUGGCAAGGUAGUCAACAGUUGGGUGGCGUGGAACCACGCUGUUGACAAUCCAGUCGACCAUGUCGAUGUUGAAAUGCAAGAGGGUGUCCAAUGGUUUGCGAACAUGAAACAGCUGCUCAAGCUCUUCACUCGGCAACGUGACAAGGCGAUGAUGCUCAGCAUUGUCGAAGAACCGACAACCCUGAAGCUCUUCCGUGACCUCUUCACUAUCUUCUACGAGCCUCUUGUGCGCGUCUACAAGUCUGCUAAUGUCUACAAUAGCAUUACUGACUUUGCGCACUUCGCCGACGAUGCUAUCGCCGUGAUUGAAAGUGCUCAACGCCAGGAUGCAUCGGCUGACCCUAACCAGACCGUCCAAUCCUUCAUUGAUCUCUGUGCUCGCCAUGAAGAUAAAUUGUACAAAUUUGUUCACGAGGUUCAUUUGCACGACAAUGGUCUCUUCCAGUCACUCAUGUCGUGGAUUGAAGAGAUCCUCGAUUUCUUGCGAAAGGGUCCUGCUGGCGGUAAGCUAGAUAUGAACGCGCUUUUCCAAGGAGCAGCAGCUGUUGGUCAGAUCGACAAGGACGUCGCUAUUGCGGAGAUCAACGCCCUGGUAAAGUGGCAUGAGGAUAGAAAGAGAUGGCACUUGAACAAGACACGCCAGAAGAUGGCUGCAGAGGGCACCGGAGAGACUAUGCCCGGCUCCGCUACCUUCAAGGGCAGUGAUUUUGGAUUGGAUGAGGCCGAUCUAGAAGACCUUACUAUAUCUGACGAGGCUUCCGACUCCUCUGACGAGGGAACUGACGAAGACGAACUAGACGAUCCUCUUGCCUCUGAGCGUCGCCGUCGGGUCAAAAAGCAGAACCAACUCCGCCGCACUGCCGGUGAGCCUGUCAAGCCGGACGUGCACGAGAUUCUCAAACUCACCGACCCAUUUGUGGUCAUGUUGCGCCAUGUACUAGCCGACUAA